GGCUUCUGCACCCGGUCGGCGGUCAGUAUCAGUCGGGACGACUACUUGAAUGUUGUGUGAACGAGUGUCCUGAAGAAAGAAAAGAACAAACAGUGGCCGAGCCUAACAACAAAAAUUAGUAGGCUAGUCGAAAGUCGUAUUAGGAUUGGUUAACGUAGCAAACUCUCGGGAACCGAGAAAUCAGAAGAUAAACUGCUUCAAACUGGGGAACUGCAUCGAGAGUGUUGCUGUGAUUCAAUCUAAAUUCGCUAGUCGGAGCCAGAUGACCCCGGUGCUGUAUUAUCUUCCCCCGUCGCCACCGUGCCGUUCGGUUCUGCUGCUGGCCAAACUGAUCGGCAUGGAGCUGGAACUAAAGACGCUGAAUGUGCUCGAAGGUGAACAGUUGAGUCCGGAUUUUGUGGCACUGAAUCCGCAGCACACUAUUCCGACCUUGGACGAUCAUGGCCUAGUGCUGUGGGAAAGUCGGGUGAUCCUUUCCUACCUGGUGUCGGUUUACGGCAAGGACGAAUCGCUAUACCCGAAAGAUUUCCGUUCGCGUGCCAUCGUCGACCAGCGGCUACACUUCGAUCUGGGAACACUGUACCAGCGGGUUGUGGAUUACUAUUUCCCCACUAUUCUGGUUGGAGCCCACCUGGACCAAACGAAGAAGGCUAAACUGGCAGAGGCUAUCGGAUGGCUGGAGGCCAUGCUGAAGCAGUACCAAUGGGCGGCGGCCAAUCAUUUUACGAUAGCGGAUCUGGCACUGUGCGUUUCGGUGUCGCAAAUCGAGGCGUUUGAGUUCGAACUGCAUCCGUAUCCGAAGGUGCGAGCGUGGUUAGCGAAGUGCAAGGAAGAACUGGAACCACACGGUUACAAGGAAAUCAAUCAAACAGGAGCCGAUACGUUGGCCGGUCUAUUUCGAUCGAAGCUUAAACAAUAAACAGGUGUUGCGAUGAUUCCGAACGCGGUCGAAACAGGGAAGCAACGGUAUAAAAGGCUGUUCUGGACUAUUGAGAGAUCAUCAUCAGUUUACCGAUAUUUAUGUCAGGAGGUCGAUAUAAAGUUCAAAUUCUGUAAGCAAAGUAACUAGAUCAA